CUUCCCACGGUCUGCGAUUCUACGGAUCUACACGCACAGCCGACGACUACGGACGGCAACGCACCGCAGACAGGGCUCAUCCCACGGUCCGUGAUAGUGCGGAUCGGUCUGUAUAGUUUCGUAUUUAUCUUCAUUUCAAAAUGCAAAGUGAACGAGCACGUAUCGUUGCCGCAGCUGCGGCUGUGUUAUUAAUUAGCAAUUGCCAGAUUGUGCGAUCUAUUAAAAGAAAAAAAAAAGCAACGUCGCUAUUGGAUGUCAGCAUUUAACAAAAGUCGUAUAAGAUAUAACGGAACUGAUAUGCUCCAUGAUUUCCAAAAAGAACCAAGCAACACAUUCUUCAAUUUUUGUAGGAUGACUUCAAGUGAUUUCGAAUACCUUCUGAAUAAAAUUGGCCCAGCCAUAUCAAAGAAUGAUACCAACAUGCGAAAAUGCAUUCCUGUUCAAGAACGGUUUGCAAUUGCACUCAGAUUUUUGGCAUCUGGAGAUAGCUACACAAGCCUAGGUUAUCUUUUUAAAGUCUCAAUUCAAACAAUCUCAAGAUGUGUCGAUGACGUUUGCGAAGCUUUGUUGGAAGAAUUGAAAGGAGAAAUAAAACUAUCCCACUUGGACGAUGUCCCAUCAGAUCGGUUAGUGUGCGCGGCCUGUGUACACAGAAUACGCGAUGCGUUCGCGUUCAGACAGCAAAUACUACGGUGUGAAGAGGCAUUCCUGCAAGCCAGGAUCUAUGAUGAAGAUGAUCAACCGCUAAAACCUCCAGAGAAACCCUUACUGGAAAUUAAAAUAGAGCCGCUGGCGGAAGACGAGUCACGACCGGCCACACCACUAGUUGAUGUACUGGAUGAUAACUGUGACGUAAAAACCGAGAACCCACUUAGUGAAAAGCCACCAGUUAGUGACAAAAUAACAGAAGACAUACAAGAGAGUAAGCCAGAAAUGGAUUUGAAGAAUGAUGAUUUUGUGAAGUGGAAAGCUACGAAGCCGGUGGUGAAACCUAAAAUACCAAUGUCGACCCUGCAGCAAAGAAUGCGUGAACGAGACCCCACGUACAUGAAAGAUACGAACAUAGUCACACUCGUCGAAUUUUCGUAUGUCUGUCCGUUCAAAUGUCGACACAACAACCUGCUGUGCUAUUAUUGCGGCGAAAACUUCACGGACCCACAACUAAUGAGAGAUCACACGCUAAACAAGCAUAAUCCGAAGAAAUUCCGCGUAGUCGAAAACAAGAACAUGAUCAAGGUCGACUUAACCCGCAUCGACUGUCGACUCUGCGCUAUGCACAUCACUAGCCUCGACGAUUUCGUGCGUCACAUCACUAGUGUACACAAGAAGAAGUACUACACUAAUAUAAAAGAGUGGGUGCUGCCGUUCCGAUUGUUGAAAGAUGAAAUCAAAUGUGCGUUAUGUGACCGUUCAUUCCCAUACUUCCACGCUCUGAACAAACAUAUGAACGAACACUUCAGUAACUAUGUGUGUGAAACUUGUGGUUUGGGUUUCGUUGAUCGUGGUCGAUUCAUAAUGCAUCAGCAGAGGCAUGACGAAGGAAGGGAUUACCCUUGUGAAGUGUGCGGGAAGGUGUUCAAAGCGGCCUAUAAUAAGGAUUUACAUGUGGAUAGGGUUCAUAAUAAACGGGGUAGGGUAUAUUGUCCAAAGUGUGAUGUGAGACUAAUGACUUAUCCGCAAAAGUUGAAACAUUUAGUGGAAGUUCAUGGAGAGGCUCCGUUGUCCUUUCCUUGUAGUGUGUGUGAUAAAGUGUUUGAAACUAGACGUAUGUUGACGAUACAUAGACGGAAGGAUCACUUGAAGGAUUACAGAUACGAAUGUCAAUGCUGCGGCCAGAAGUUUUUCACUCGGUUCGCGCUAAACAAUCACAUGCCGACUCACACGGGGGAACGAAAUUUUAAAUGUAAAGUCUGCGAAAAGUCAUAUCCUAGGUUAAAAACGUUAAAAGAUCAUAUACGGAUACAUACGAACGAUCGACGGUAUAGAUGCCAUAUUUGUGGACAGGCGUUUAUUCAAAAUUGUAGUUUAAAGGGACAUAUGAAAAGUCAACAUCCAGAAUAUAGCUAAUGUAAAAAUUAUAUGAAUAUGUCACUGUUUGAAUAAAUAAAUAAAUAUUUUAGGACAAUUUUCACACACGGCACGAUCUGAUCCCAUACUAAGCUU